AUGAAGCUUCUAUGGGAUUCAGAAAAUGUUGAGAAGACAAAAGGAUAUGGUGAUGAAAUAGAAGAAGAAGCACAUAAGGAUUCUAAAGAGGAGGAUAAAGAAGAGGAAGAGGAAGUUGAUGAGGAUAAUCCAGAAGAGGCUGAUGAGGAUGAAGAAGGUGAAGGAAAGGAUGAAGAGGCUAAUAAGAAAAGCUCUGAAGAAGGUGAAGAAGGAGAUGAGCAAGGAGUUGAGGAGAAUGUUGAACUGGCCAUUGGUGGUGCUAUGUCUUCAAGACCUGUCUUGGAUUCAUUGGUGAGUAUUUCUGAGUAUGAACGGAGAAAGAAAGAGGGUGAGAAUAUUAAAAAGGGCAAGAAUCCUACUGGGAAGAGGAGGAAAAAAACAGGAUAA